GUUGAUGUUGGUGAUGAUGAUGAUGAUGAUGAUGAUGAUGAUGAUGAUGAUGAUGAUGAUGAUGAUGAUGCUGAUGAUGCUGAGGCUGAUGAUGAUGCUGACCCUAUUAGUAUUAGUACGAUGAAGAUACACAGUUGGUGGAGAAGAAAAAAAUAAUUUCAAAUAAAUUAAAUUAAAUAUCACGAUACGAAGUAUUAUUAUCGUUGAGAUAAUAAUAAUGUUUGUGGCAACAUAAGUAAAUAUUAACAUGGAUUGAACCAUGCUAUUGGAGCGUAACCGGAUGUCCGGUUUCCCCGGAAGUGCUAUAUUUGGCUUAGUCUUAAGAUAUGGCCGCUUACAUUGUGUUGCUACCAAACCUGCUCGCUUAGCAAAUAAGACUUUAUGGAUGUAUUAUAAGACGACCAAUAAUCGCUUGCCAGAACAUAUUGAUGUGCCCAGUUUUGCAGCGAACCUCUGACGGCGCGUAACCGCUUGGAGAUACAGAUGAAGCCGGAGUUUUAAAAGCCUGCAGCCGGCUAGCGCGUUAGCCACCUACCAACCCUGCGCUGCCUGAAGACCCUGCCUGCAGUAAUCCUCCUAACAGCCUCUUAACCACCGCCACACGUACGGGCAUACGGUACCUCGCCAAAGCUUACGUUGCUCUGCUGCUAACCCAACCCAAACCUAGUGUCUCUGGUCCCCCGGAGCCUAGAUGCCCGAGCAAGGCCCCAGGAUGAAUGUGUUUUCUCUUGGCGAGCUCUGCUGGCUCUUCUGCUGCCCGCCUUGCCCCAGCCGCAUCGCCGCCAAGCUGGCCUUCCUGCCCCCCGAGCCCACCUACUCGGUGCACACCGACCCGCAGGGGGCCUCCAGCCUGCACCUCACAGAGCGGGCGGACUGGCAGUACUCCCAACGCGAGCUGGACGCCGUGGAGGUGUUCAACACGAGGAGUAGCCGGGGCAACAGGGUGGGAUGCAUGUUUGUGCGCUGCGCCCCCAACAGCAGGUACACGCUGCUGUUCUCCCACGGGAACGCCGUGGACCUGGGGCAGAUGUGCAGCUUCUACAUCGGCCUGGGCUCCAGGAUCAACUGCAACGUGUUCUCCUACGACUACUCGGGCUACGGGGUCAGCAGCGGCAAGCCGUCCGAGAAGAACCUCUAUGCAGACAUCGAGGCGGCGUGGCAGGUGCUGAGGAACAAGUACGGCGUGACCCCGGAGAACAUCAUCCUGUACGGGCAGAGCAUCGGCACCGUGCCCACCGUGGACCUGGCGGCUCGCUACGAGGUGGCCGCCGUCAUACUGCACUCCCCGCUCAUGUCCGGCCUGCGGGUGGCCUUCCCCGACACGCGCAAAACCUACUGCUUCGACGCCUUCCCCAGCAUCGACAAGGUGUCCAAGGUGGCGUCCCCGGUGCUGGUGAUCCACGGCACGGAGGACGAGGUCAUCGACUUCUCCCACGGCCUGGCCAUGUACGAGCGCUGCCCGCGCGCCGUGGAGCCCCUCUGGGUGGAGGGCGCGGGCCACAACGACAUCGAGCUCUACGCCCAGUACCUGGAGCGCCUCAAGCAGUUCAUCACCGUCGAGCUGCCCGCCUCCUGAGGCCCCCCGACGGGGUUGGCCUGUUCACUGGCUCGCCGCCGAUGGGUCGGUCGCUCGGUCGCUCGGACGGCCGGACGGGCGGCCGGCUGGUUUAAUUGGCUGGCCGGCCGGCUGGCUGGCUGGCUGGCUGGCUGACCGGCUGACCGGCCCGACUGGCUUGGGCCCGCACUGCAUUUCACCACUAUUAAGAGGCCUCUUUCUCCUCGUGUCCCCUCCCCGUCAUCCUCGUCUUCAUCCCUUUACCGGCCGGCUGAUUCUUCGCGCGCGCAGAGCUUUUACCCCCGGAUGACCCCGGAACCGUUGUCGCACUCCUCUGCUUGAUCCCCUGCCCCUGCUGCCCCCCCCCCCCCCCCUCCCCACCAUGACAAACAAACACACAUGCACCCAACUAGGUGCUUAUGGGGGUCGUAACAUUUGCCAAGGACUCGGGUCCCUGCUUCAGUGUUUCUCAAUCAGCGGCGGUGCUCGUCUGUCUUCCCCAACGCACUCCUACCUGGCACUGACCCAACGCUCUGCCCCGCCUUCCCGUUGGCCCUCUCCUCACUCCCCCAAUGGUCCCUUCCUCACUCUCCCAUUGGUCCCUUCCUCACUCUCCCAUUGGUCCCUUCCUCACUCUCCCAUUGGUCCCUUCCUCACUCUCCCAUUGGUCCCUUCCUCACUCUCCCAUUGGUCCCUUCCUCACUCUCCCAUUGGUCAUCCCCUCUCUGUCCCAGAUGUCCUCACCCCUUCCUCCCACCUGUCCUCCCCCCUCCUUUCCAUUAGACCUCACCCCUCCUUUCCAUUUGACCUCCCCUCUCUGUCCCAAUGGUCCCCAGCUCUCUGUCGCCCUGUGCUUCUCUGGGACCUCUGGAUCAGGCUUUAAAUCUUGGGCAAGUUCACUUUGCUCUGACUGUUUCUUCAUCUUCUCAAGCACACGUUUUUUUUUUAUUUCAUUUUGUAACCUGCUGAUAAAUUUUGAAAAUCCGAACCUCCAUCGAUGAUUGAAGGUUUCGCAUAUUUCAUGUAAUUUAGAUUUUUUUUAUAUAAUAGGUGUCCAUUCAGGGUUGAUUUAAUAAUUGCACUUUUAUUGUGCUUGUCAUUUCAGGUGGUUGUAUUUUAUUUUAUUAUUUUGUAUGUGUCAAGCGUUUUUCUUUUUUGCGUCUAAUUUGCAUUCCAUAUUUCUCUUAAGGGAAACGACUGAAUUGUAAUUUUUCUUGAGUUUUUCCAGCUCUAGUGUUCAUCUGUGUGCAGAAACACGUUGAGGACGAUGCCCUUUCGGUACCUUUGUAUACAUUAGAGUGGACUGAAUCGUGCUGUAACGUUGCGCCAGUCGGCAUGGGUGCUGCGUUUUACCUGGGGUCACAGAGAGAAAGUGUUCUUUAUUUUUUUUAUUUUUUUUUUUACCUGUAAGCACCUCCUCUAUCCUUCUUGGCCUGGUUCCUCCGUGACCUCGCUCCAUUUGAAGAUUGUUAGCUUUAUGUGAAAGCGUGUUCAACACGCAGUCAUUUCACACACUACAGACAAAACAAAGCCUUAUGUCUACGGACAUUUGUUGUUGUUGUUGUUCCCAUAAGCAUAAGACGGCAGUUAUAAGUAAUUAUGUUGUUCCGCGUUUACGCCUCCUCUCGCGGUCUCUCGUUGUGGAGAUGACCGGAAACCUGCUGCUAUUCGUUUGGAGGAUUCAGUCACUCACUGUGAAACACGCAUUAAUAAAAACAACCAAGACUGUGAUGUAUGGAGCUAACCGCAAAGGUACAAACUAGUCUGGCCUCUACUGGGCUACCAACCCCCAGACCUCUUGCCUCGCCAGGGACCGACUGCUUUAGGUGCUUCUAGGAGUUGCGAGCAAUGCACUUGAAUCUCCACCUCAACAUGGCGCUGGAUGAUUUGGUUUACCCUCAGCCUGGUUUGGUUUCUCGUUUUGUUUGACUAACAUCCCCGCUCUCUGAUGGUAUCGCCGUGUUCUCUAUGAUAUGAAUGAAGUAACACUACCCUUAAACCACAUGCAUACAUUUUCAAAGAAGGAUUUUUUACUUGAAGGAGAUUUGCAAAAACGACAUUGUAAUCGUCUUAUCGAUCUAUGUACUGCUGUGAGGUUUGACGCCCGUUUUGAAGACUUAUUAUUUUGUAUUGGUUUUUUUUGUGGAAGGUGAUUUUGAUCAUUGCCAUCUCAGUCCACGAUAUGCUCUUUAUUCGCUCCCGUUUUUAAAGGAAGACCUAAACCUCCCUGCUUUAGUUGUAAUUAUUGUUUUGAUACUGACAUUUUUAUGAGGUUUUUCAGUCUAAAUGUGGAUAAAUUUUUUCACUGUCUUUGGAGCCAGUUUGUAAGAUAACUAAUGUAAUGUUAAACUUUAAAUAUCUUCUCUUGACGUUCACGGCCAGAAGACAAAGGGCCUGUCCUAGUCCAUUUCAUUUUAACACUGGAAUUGUAAUAUGCAAAUCAAAUGCAGAAAAAAACCUAGUAGAGCCAGACUUUGGUAAUAGUGUGUGAAGCAAAAUGACUUAAAAAGCCUUAAAUGUGCCGUUAAACAGAUUAAUGUCAUUAGUGUGGCUGUUGGGAGAGAAAGCAACUCAAUGGAUGUUUUAUCACUUACAAUAGAAUAAAGGAUGCAUGAAUUAUG